AUGAUUCAACCUCUACGCGUCUUGCCAUCCAACGCUCCUCCUCUGCGGGAGGAGGCCCACAUCUAUCAGACAUCCAGGGUGCUCCAAAAACAAUCCGGCAAUCGACAGCUAGGCGACUAUACCUAUGGCGAGGAGAUCAAGGUCAAGAACCAUUUGGCCAUCUUCGACGAGAACCAAGCCUCAGCAGCUCAUCACCAAGCACUGCACACGCUGCCACUGUAUCAUCCGCAGCCUCAACAUCGCCAAGUCUGGAGAUAUGGCCAUGCACAGCCUGCGUACCAAUAUGCUUAUCCUCAUCCGGAGGAGGAAGAGAGGAUCCGCAUCGAAGCGGAGCGGCUGUACGACCGCCUGCUCAAAACGGAUGCGUUUGUCAAUUAUCGCAACCGUCAAGCCAAGUCUGCCAAGGGGACUGAGGAGAAGAAGUGGCCCGAUCAUCUCGAAAGGGCUUUCGUUCGAGCACUGGUGCAAUACCCUCCCAUGGGACGCAGACAGCAAUUACUCAGAGGCAAGCAACGCGGUAGGAACGAGCUCAUCGCCGACUGCAUUGAGCAGUGGACGGGGGAGGUUCGAGGGCGAAAGCAAGUCUCUAGCCACAUUCAAGUGCUCAAGCCGUUUGUCGAGAGCGAUCCUUACAUCAUGAAAUGGCUGGCCAAAGGCGGCGGGGCGGCUAGGCAGAAUGGUCGUGCCUCACCCUACAACAGUGCACGGCGCAUGUCGAACUACCCGGUCGCGAGCCUGCCUCAGCAAGGCUCCUCAAACGGAUUGCCGGGAGGGCCACGAGAAGACAUCCGAAGCCUGCGAAAAGUCAAGAGGCAACUCUCUGUCUUCCAGCCCACGGACUUCCAGAUGUUCGUUCAGCAACACGUUGACGGUGAUGAAGGACAAGAUGUGGAACGACUGCACACGUACACGACCUGCAGCCACCCUCCGUUCGGGCCGGAGCUGCAUCCAGCGGACAUGCAAACAUUUACACACGACUUUCCUUUGCUGGCUAGUAUGCACGCCCACCGCCCCCUCGACUGCAACGUGAUCUCGGCCGAGGCCUCCCUUGCAUUUCCGCUGGACAAUUGGAAGCAGAUGGACGGGAGCCCACUUCGCGGCGUAGAACUCGGCAUCUACUUCCUGUGCGUCAGCAAUCAUCUGCCGCCCACGGCCACGAUACCCCUCUCAGGUAGCCAGCGAACAGACCAGAUCCGCGUGCACAACGCGUUCUACGAAAACGGCGUCUGCGUCAAAGAGCACAGUGGACCGAGUGAAGCGCGCCUCGAGCUCUCGGAGCGAGGGGACUGCGUGGAGACUCGCAUCAAAUUUGGAAGCACAUUCUGGGCCAAAACGCUCGGCCGUCUGGCUGGGAGACUGCAGGAGGAGGGCAAAGACAACAGUGGCGAAGUAGCCGCGUACCUCGGGAGCAUCAACGCCGUCCAAGAGGUCGUGGCUUGGUCUGAGCACGGCCCUGAGCGCUUGCUGGUGAUUCACUGGACCUUCCGGCACUCGAGUUCCACGUGCGGCCAAACGAGGUGGCGGCAGGUGUUUGUGCCCACGGAGGAGCAAGCAGCAUCUACCGCGCAAGACAUGCUGCCGAUGAAACGAAACGACUCAAUGUGCGGGUACACCACUGGCGGCGGCGUCUCCGAGGAGGAGGAGGAGUCAGAGACGCAGCAACUACACGACAUCGCCAGCCAGCCCGUCUUGCAGUCGCCGUUCGAAUACGAAAGUCAGGCCUCUGCGCUCUCCUCCGCCACAUGGCCCACCACCUCCUUCGCCGAAGCGAACAUGAUGCCCGGCUCCACGCAGCAAUCAAACGACAACGAGUUCGACUUCGAAGCCGGAAACCUGCACCUGACCAUCGACCACAGCGAAAACUACCACAGCUUCGACAGCUCGGCGUUCACCUUCGACUCCACCACGGCGGGCAUGCCGGCCGACUUCGCCGCGGAUCCCGUCAUGGCAGGGUACGAGGACUCGUGGUACCACGCCGCUUACCCGGAUGCCUUUGACACGCAACAAGUCAUGGCUGGCACCGAGGCGUUCGCUACUGAGGCCACGGGGCUUGGGCUGCACGCUGACGCGACGAUGUACGACGAUUACUCGGGGCAGUAUGAGCAGCCGCGGGCGUUUAUGCUUGCGCAUCACGCUCAGGCGUUUGAGGAUGCGGGGGGUGGGGGACAAGAGAUGGGUGAGGAGGGAGGAGAUGGGCUUGCGGCUUUGGCUGAUGCUUCCUCGCAUAUGAUGCAUGCUUCGUCCGAGCAUUUGUAG